AUGGACAAUCGUUCAUGCUACCGUUGUGGCAUGGUAGGCCAUAUAUCCUCCCAAUGUUCAACCCCUGGUGGCGAUUAUCGUGGAAACCGAGGUGGAUCUCGUGGCAGCCGUGGGGGUUACCCUAUGUCUGUAACGGGUACGCAGCUCGUCCAGGGCAUUUUUCAAGCACAGGUAAAAUCGAGAGCAAGUAGAGUAGCGGGCGGGUUUGGCGCAGUGCUCCCAUUUGUUUCAUCCGCCUAUCUUAUUCUUCAGGGACUGGCUGCUACAAUUGUGGAGGUAGCCAUAUGGCCCGUGAUUGCAGUCAGUCUUACAAUGGCGGACGUUCUGGUGGUAGUGGUGGCGGCGGUGGAGGUGGUGGAGGCGGCGGAGGCGGAAGCGGUGGUGGCGGCUUUAGUCGUCGUGGCCGCGGUGGCGGUUGCUACUCUUGCGGAGAGGAUGGUCAUAUAUCCCGAGAUUGUCCCGCAAAAUAUAGAUCUAAUGACCGCGGUGGUAUACAGUGCUACACGUACGUUUAUUUUGUUUUUAUUUCUCACUAGGUGCAACAAGCCCGGUCACAUCGCAAGAGAUUGCCCCGAAAGUGGACAAGGCCGUCAAUGCUUUAAAUGUAAGAGCUAUGGACACAUUGCUGUGGACUGCACCGUCGAAGGCUGA